CGGCGUGUGACGUCAGGCGGCCCCGGAAAGGAGGGGGAGGGAAAGGGAGACGGGGACGUGGGGCUGAGCUGAGCCGAGCCGAGCUGAAUCGCUGAGUUCUGUCCCCGGUCCCGUGUCCGGGGCCCCGCUGACAUGACGCUCCCCAUCUUCUUCGGAUGCAACUUCAUCGCCUUCGGGCCGGCGCUCGGCCUCUUCCUCUUCACCAUUGCCCGUGACCCGCUCCGCAUCAUUAUCCUUAUCGCUGGAGCCUUCUUCUGGCUGGCAUCGCUGCUGUUUUCCUCCCUUAUCUGGUUUAUCGCAGUUAAAGCCAGCGAUCUCUGGGAUGAGCCAUUUCAGAAGGGGCUCUUGAUAUUUGGGGUGAUGUUCUCUGUGCUGCUGCAGGAGGCCUUCCGCUUUCUCUACUACAAGCUCCUCAGUCUUUAUGACCAUGGUGCUGAUUUUCCUUCACACCUUCUGGGGGAUCCUCUUCUUCCAUGGCUGUGAGCAUCAGCGCUGGCAGGAGAUCGCAGCUGUUGUUGUCAUGCACCUUGCUGUCUCAGGAUCGACUUUUUACAACCCCCUGUACACAGGCAGCCUGAUGCCUUCCUACUUGCUGAUGGCCACUGCCGCCACUUGGGCUUAUCUGCUCUCAGGGGGCUCUGCCCAGAACCUGUGGCGCUUCCUGCUCUGUCUACAGAGCGAUGCCAACCCUCAGCUGGAAUCUUGAGGCUCCAUGGGAUGUUCCUGUCCCCAGCCACCCCUGCCUUCCCCUCCAUUCUGGUGGCAAGAGCAGCCCUUGCCUUCUCUGCAAUAUCUUUUCUCCUAGACUGGUGGACCCUGGCCAGCCCUGGAGGGGCAGGCGCUGGGGUCUUGCUGCAGCAGUCAGCUGAGCAGUGUGGCUGGGGCUGGCUUGCUCUGCCACCCCUUUGAGAGCCCCCAGAGAACAGCUCGGUUUUGGGGGACUUUGGUGCCAAAACCCGGGAACCCUGGAUUCAGGUGAACAGUGGCCGGAGCGGCAGGACCAGCCCGGCAGGGGGGACGCUCCCAGAGCUGCGAGGAGUGUUAUAAAUAAGAGCCAAUAAAUCGAUUCUGCGUCAA